AUGGAGUGGAAACUAGAGCGCACCGCCCGGCGGCGGAUCCGGACGGAAGAAGAGAUCCGGUGGGAGAACGUCAUGAAGGUGCUCUCCAAUGACAUGAAGCAGAAGAGAAGUCAAGUUUCUCCCAAGGUAUUGGAUUCAGUUACUACUACAUAUUCUAACUUCAAGAGCAACUUUUUGAAGCGCCUGUCAGCAGAGCUUCCUGUUGCCAGUAGCCCAAUCGCCACAAGAUGGCAGCAAAGGCAAACCGGGGACUUGGCCUGUUCCUUUGGAGCUGAGCUUUCCACCACUGACAUCCCUGAAUCCCUUCAAUCAGUGCUGGGAACACCUGAGAAAGACACCUUGACUCCAGGAAUCUACAAAGAGCCACUAAAGUUUCCUACCAAAGAAGGUUAUGAAAGGAAUAACUCUGCUCUCUGUGUUUGUGAGGCACCUCAUGCUCUGGACAGAGCUGUAAAGGAAAAUGUUGCCUCUAAAAGUCAGAAAUGCCCAAACCAACUAUUUUCUACCCAGAAAGUGGUUCAGAAAACUGAUGGGAAAAUGCAGCUCUGUGAUAAAUCCCAAUGUAUUUGGAAAGGUUGCCAAUAUGGAGCCGGAGAUGAAUUCUUUCAUCUUAACAGGUUCUGUGAUAAAAACUAUCCCAUAUGUCAACCAGAGGUGAAGAUUCAUCUUACUGGUCUUCGAAAUGACUACUAUCUGAAUAUCCUGGACUGGAGUUUUAAAAAUGUUGUUGCUGUAGCCCUUGGAUCUGCUGUGUACAUCUGGAAUGGGGAAAACCACAAUGGGGUUGAAAACAUAGACUUGGGUCUCACUUGCAACUAUGUGUCUUCUGUAUCCUGGAUAAAAGAGGGAACGUGCCUGGCAGUUGGCACCAGUGAGGGAGAAGUGCAAUUAUGGGAUGUGGUAACUAAAAAGCAGCUGAGAAAUAUGCUUGGUCACUUGUCAGUAGUUGGGGCCCUGAGCUGGAAUCAUUAUCUCCUCAGCAGUGGGUCGAGACUGGGGCAUGUAUAUCAUCACGAUGUACGUAUAGCCCAGCAUCAUGUUGGAACACUUUGCCACAAGCAAGCUGUUUGUGCUCUGAAAUGGUCACUGGAUGGCAGGUUGCUUUCUAGCGGCUGUAGUGAUGGGCUGCUGACAAUAUGGCCCUAUGAUCCGGGUGCCAGUACACGGGGCCAACCACUGAAAGUACUGCCUCAAUCUACAGCAGUCAAGGCUAUGGAUUGGUGUCCCUGGCAGUCUGCGGUCCUUGCUGUUGGAGGAGGAAUGAAAGAUGGAUGCCUGCAUAUCUUGGAUAUAAAUACUGGGAAGAGCAUCCAGACUCCAAGCACAAACUCACAGAUUUGUUCUUUAAUCUGGCUACCUAAGACAAAGGAGAUUGCAACAGGCCAAGGUACUCCUAAGAAUGAUGUGACUCUGUGGACCUGUCCCACUCUGUCCAGGUCAGGUGGAUUUUUUGGUCACAGAGGCAGAGUGCUGCACCUGGCCUUGAGUCCAGACCAGACCCAGGUGUUUUCUGCUGCAGCUGAUGGGAUGGCCACCGUGUGGAAGUGCUGCCAGUCACCCAACCCUUCCUAGAUGCAGUUUCUUCCUUUUAAGUGAGAGUAGUGAUACUGGUUUUUGUUCUCCACGUGAUUGUUAUGAGUAUCCAACAUGAUGAAGGGCUCUUUCCAGUGUGAACGCCUGCUCCUCUGACCUUCUCUCUCAGGCUACUUUAUUAGCCUUGCUUCUUUCUUUGCAUCUCCUAGAGAUCAUC